CGUGGCACUCGCAUCCAGUUCCCUGUCGUUACGGAUUGCUUCCAUGCAAACCUUACGCAUGAAGACUGAUGUAUCAGUUAACUAGCCUCGCUGCAAAAUAGAGGAAGGCUUGUUUCACUUGUCACCAUUUAUGGAUAGUCAUGGACACCGACUACACCAACUUUGAGAAUCCGCUUUACAGCGACUUCAAAUAUUUCUGCAAGAAGAUACAGGAGGCCUAUAAUGAACUAAUGGAAGACAUAACUCCGUACAGAGAUGAUCGGUUCUACAGGCUCGCCCCCAUGCGGCUAUACACACUCUCCAAGAGACAUUUCGUGUUGGUUUUCGUGUUUUUCUUGAUAUGCUUUGGACUCACAGUCUUCAUAGGAAUAGCAGGCCCAAGAAUCAUAGAAGAGACAAAAUACCCUGUUUUUACCAAUGCAGCUACAAACGGUUCAAAGACUGGGCCGUUUAGUUUAUAUUCCCCACCACUCUCCACAUACAACCAACAGUUAUGGCUAACCUGUUCCAUCCAAGUGUCCCAGAGUGACGUGGCAGACUUUAAACAGCCUUUCCAGAUCAAUGUGCUGUUAAAAGGAGUCAUGCAGGAUGCCAGCGUGAUGCAUAUCACUGAUGACGUGCACCAGAGGUUACGCAUGCUGCACUGUGCUCCACAGAGAGGUUGUGAUGAGAUCAUAGUAAUGCACCUGGGCUACCUGAAUUACACCCAGUACCAGGUGAACGUGGCUCUGAAAGGCCUGGAGAACCUCACGUAUGGUAUCCGAAAUGUCACAUUUAUGUGGAAGAGGUACAACCCUUCCUUUUCACAAGGGGAAAUCUGGUUUCGAUUUGUGUUUGUCGUUUUGACCUUCAUGGUAACGUGCAUGUUUGCCCACUCUUUAAGGAAGUUCUCCAUGAGGGAUUGGGGAAUUGAGCAGAAGUGGAUGUCCAUUCUGUUGCCGUUGUUAUUGCUUUAUAAUGAUCCCUUCUUCCCAUUAUCGUUCCUGGUGAACAGCUGGUUCCCCGGGACCCUGGAUGCCUUUUUCCAGGCCCUAUUCCUCUGUGCCCUGCUUCUCUUCUGGCUCUGUGUCUAUCAUGGCAUACGUGUCCAGGGUGAGAGAAAGUGCCUGACAUUUUACCUGCCCAAAAUGCUCAUUGUUGGGCUAAUCUGGCUGUCAGCUGUAACACUGGGUAUCUGGCAAACGGUGAAUGAACUGCAGGAUCCCACAUACCAAUACAAAGUAGAUAUCGACAACUUCCAGGGUAUGAAGAUUUUCUUCCUGUUGGUCGUGGUCCUUUAUGUUCUCUACCUUGUGUUUCUGGUGGUCAGGGCGUGCUCAGAGCUGAAGCACAUGCCUUACUCAGAACUAAUGGUAGUUUGGGCUAGUUGGUAUCUAACAGUCCUUGUUCUCUCCACCAGCAUGGCUAUCCUCUACCUGAGGUUUGGAGCCAAAGCUCUGCAAGACAACUUUGUGGCUGAGCUGUCCACCCAUUACCAGAACUCUGCUGAGUUUUUAUCCUUCUACGGAUUACUCAACUUUUAUUUGUACACAUUAGCCUUUGUGUACUCUCCAUCCAAGAAUGCUAUGUAUGACUCCCAGCUGAAGGAUAACCCUGCAUUCUCCAUGUUGAAUGACUCUGAAGAUGAGGUCAUUUAUGGGAGCGACUAUGAAGAGAUGCCACUUCAAAAUGGUCGUGCCAUCAAAGCCACUUCGAAGUACCAAGAUGAAAGUGACAGUGACUGAUCCAUUCUGUGGUUUCUCAUGAUUUUUGACUGACCAUCUGACUGCACAUCUGCAAAACCAUACAGUGUAAAUAUAGUCUUUGAAAAGAUUAUAAUAUAUAAAUAUAUAUUUUUAAACAAAGAAAACAAACAAAGUUUUGUGUGAAUGUAAGAAAACAAAACAACAUGCUUAAGGAGUUUUUCCCUCCUUGUGGUAUUGACGGAAUGUAAACUUGCCACUUAUUUUCAAUUUAUUGCUAUCAUGCUUACGGUUUUGAUUUUACAUUUUAACGGAACAGAAGUGCUAAAAACUAACGUCAACACUAUACUAAAAUAAAUCAAUGGGUUGAAGGGUUCUAAAGUAUGGGUAAUGUUGAUGGCAAUUUAAAUGAUCCUUUCUGAACUCUCAUGCUUCUAAUGUAAUGCAUCUGAACUCCAGAGGAUGACUCCCCAUACUGUACAUAUGUGCCAAAGACACUUCCAGCAAUCUGUCAGUUACUCUCAUGAUAAACAUCAGAGGGUUUGAAGAAGUCUUGUGUUUUUUCAGUUUGUUUUCAGUUAUGCCAGAAUAUCUAGUUAUAUCUGGAUGUAAAUUUGAAUUAGCUUUUUGCCUGGAAGAACGUUGUAAAUCUAUAAUUUGGUGUAAAUGUUUGUGUAAGUUUUGCCAAUUCAUUCCUUUUAUAUAUGACUUUAAACAGGCUUAUCUGUUCUACUGGGCUGAGGGGCGGAGUGGGGCUACUUCAGACAUGUCAAAUCUUCAGUAGUCUGUAGGCUACCCAUCUCCCAACCUGCAUGUCAGGUCAUCGUUGUUCUUACCACGUUAUUAGGCUACCAGAGCUGUGAGGAGAGGCCCAGGGAGUGAGAGAGGGUCUGCAAUCACAGACCAGACUGCUGUAGGGCGCAGUGAAAAAUUAAUUUAUACCAACAGAUAUCAUGCCCUUUUUAAGUAUUCACAGUAAUCAGUCUGGCCUCAAAACGUUACCGGCUGGCCAGGAAUUCUUCCAAUUCUCAAUCCGCCGCUAACUGGGCCUAACGUGUUUAAAGGGUUGACCGAAUUAUUUUAUUUAUUUUUUUAAAUCUUGCCUGUGAUGUCACAUUCCAGAUUUGUAUGCACUUUUGAUUUGAAUGUUUUGUCCUUUUGUGUACAUCAGGCUGUAUGUGGGAACUCCUGCUUCUGGUGUAAGGUCUGUCUGCCCAUUUCAGACUUUGUGAUGUUUUAUUGUGUAUUUUUUAUUUUCAUAUAGUACACCAUCAGACCUCAUCACUAACAGUGACCUGUUUGAUGACGUUUAUGAACACUGUUAAUAUGUAUGUAAAGACAUGUAAACCACCAAAUAUUUUACUUUUCGUCACUGUAUACAUUAACAGGGGUGUACUGGUAAUGAAAUCAGGCUUGUCGACCUCUCUGCUAACACCAGCCAGAUAGCCUGCCUUGAGGUAUAUAGGGAAAAACUUUAUAGAUUGUGUAUCGAUGGUUCUCAGUUGCUGGAGCCCACCAGGAUUUGUCCCUGUAUCCAAGAUAACUGUAAUGUAUAGUGGUGUACUGGUUAUCAUAAAGUAGAAAAUAUAAAUGAAUACAUUUUGGGAAAAAAUGAACGUGCCUUCCUUUCCAUUUUGCACAGUAUUAGACCUCUGAUCUGUCUGUAAGGUUCUUGGUUAAAACGAAAAACAUUCUUCGUGUGGCUGUUUAUCCAUUUUCCCCAUGGGUACGAAGGCUGCUAGUUAGGUGGCUUUAAGGAAAUAAGGGAUACUAAUCACCAACUGAAAGGCUUAUUCUUCUUAGUUUGUAAAAUAAAAUCACUUGUAAAUAUUCUGUGAUGUUAAGUAGUCAUUAAAGUUCAAUAUUAAAAAGCUUGCCUGAAAAGGCUUGUACUGA